AUGUUUGAUCCUGACUUAUCUGCUCCUCCACUUGUUCAAAUGUCCACGUCUUAUCUCCUAAGACAGACUGAACCCGUAGCUAUACUGCACAUGCUCAGUGUAGUGUGUAUUGCUAGAGAUACAUGUUAUCAGCACAGGGUCAAUCAGCACUGUCCAGAGAGAGGUCAGGGGUCAUGCAUCCUCCUAGAGCAGAAAGAAAACUCCUCCUACAAGCUUUAAUCUGUGCUCUGCUGAACACUGAUAGAAGUCACAUGACUGCUCUAACUGCUUAUGAGAAAAGAUAUUUAGCAGUUUAUAUUUACUAA